GCACCCCCUCUCCCUGGAUGGGAAUUACGCAUGCUCUUUGGGUUUCUCCGCCUAGACUUGUGUAGGUGAGACUGUAACUCUGUAACUCUGCUAAUUCUCUAGGAACUCACAAUAUCGGACAAGCAGAAAACACCAACAGAUCUCCAGAAAGUGAUGGCGUGAACCAACCUUGAGGCAGCCGGAGCGCGACACGGAUUUUCAGGAUCUGUGUUCCUCUAAAAAGAGAGAAUCUCGUCAAGGCAACCGCAGAAGACAAAAAAAAAAAAAAAAAAAAAAAAAAGAUAUUGGGAAGAGAAGGGGUCGGAGCACUGUGCUCCCGCGUUUAAGUGACGACUCAGUCUUCUAGUGGGUUGCUGGAGACCCAGUCCCCGCCGGGAGGAGCCUUGAUCCCCAGCCACUUUCCCAGAACUGCCCUCCUCUGCUCUAAAUCGGUCAAGAACUGACCCUGAGCUCUGCUAACCAACCCCUGCGCCCAAGGCGUUUCUGGCCGCGGACUCCAGCGUCCACUUCACGGGCGCUGUCUUCAGCCGCUUCUUCAAAAGCUCAGGCAUCUGCUCCACGCGCCAGCCUGGGUACCACCUCCGCAGCAAGGGGAGCCUCCGGGGAAGCUGGCCCUCAGAGCAUGACCCAGAGGCACCUGCGCGCACAGGUGGCUUCUGCAGCCACCGCAGCCACCAUGAGCAACGCGGCGGCGGACGACGAGCUCUCAGAAUUCUUCGGGCUUGUCCCAGACUCGCUGGAGACUGCCAACGGGAGCGGCAACGCGUCGCGGCAGCUUCCGGGUUCGUGGUUGGAGCUGGGGCUGGAGUUGCCGGACGGUGCGGCGCCCGGGCAUCCUCCGGGCAGCGGCGGGCCAGAGAGCGCGGACACUGAGGCCAGAGUACGCAUCCUCAUCAGCGCGGUCUACUGGGUGGUGUGUGCGCUGGGACUGGCUGGCAACCUGCUGGUUCUCUACCUGAUGAAGAGCAAGCAGGGCUGGCGCAAAUCCUCCAUCAACCUGUUUGUCACUAACCUGGCGCUGACUGACUUUCAGUUCGUGCUCACCCUGCCCUUCUGGGCUGUGGAGAACGCUCUUGACUUCAAGUGGCCCUUCGGCAAGGCCAUGUGUAAGAUCGUGUCCAUGGUGACGUCCAUGAACAUGUACGCCAGCGUCUUCUUUCUCACCGCUAUGAGCGCGGCGCGCUACCAUUCGGUGGCCUCGGCUCUCAAGAGCCAUCGGACCCGAGGGCACGGCCCUGGAGAUUGCUGCGGCCAGAGCUUGAGGGACAGCUGCUGCUUCUCAGCCAAGGUGCUGUGUGGGUUGAUCUGGGCUUCUGCCGCGCUGGCCUCGCUGCCCAGUGCCAUUUUCUCUACCACCAUCAGGGUGAUGGGAGAGGAGCUGUGCCUCGUGCACUUCCCGGACAAGCUGCUGGGCUGGGACAGGCAGUUCUGGCUGGGUUUGUACCACCUGCAGAAGGUGCUUCUGGGCUUCCUGGUGCCCCUGAGCAUCAUCAGUCUGUGUUACCUGCUGCUGGUGCGCUUCAUCUCCGACCGCCGCAUAGUGGAUGGAGGGGCAGCAGCAGCAACUGCGGGAGGCCUGAGUGCAGCCAGCGCUAGGAGAAGGUCCAAGGUCACCAAGUCGGUGACCAUUGUGGUCCUCUCUUUCUUUCUGUGUUGGCUGCCCAACCAGGCGCUCACCACCUGGAGCAUCCUCAUCAAGUUCAACGCCGUGCCCUUCAGCCAAGAGUACUUCCUGUGCCAGGUGUACGCCUUCCCAAUAAGCGUGUGCCUGGCGCACUCCAACAGCUGCCUCAACCCGAUCCUCUACUGCUUAGUGCGCCGGGAGUUCCGAAAGGCUCUCAAGAACCUGCUGUGGCGCAUAGCGUCGCCCUCGCUCACCAGCAUGCGCCCCUUCACCGCCACCACCAAGCCGGAGCCCGAGGAUCACGGGCUGCAGGCCCUGGCGCCGCUUAACGCUGCAGCAGAACCAGACCUGCUCUAUUACCCGCCCGGGGUGGUGGUCUACAGCGGGGGUCGCUACGACCUGCUGCCCAGCAGCUCAGCCUACUGAGACCUGCCAAGCCUCUAGAAGACCAUCCAAGGAGAAAGCGAGGGGAGAGCAAGUUUGGAGGCUGGAGGAGCAGAGUGGAGAAAUAGGUAGGAAAGGCUUGCUGGGAAGAGCAUGGUAAAAGGGCCAGAGGAUGGUCUCUGCAGAAACCAGGUUAAGGGGGGAAUAUCUGCAACAGGAUAUUGCAGCGGCCUCAGCUCCUGCUCCCCACUCUCUAUUCCCAGUCUUCUACUCCAAGCCCCGCUCUCCCUAUCUCCAACAGCCACGUGCGCGCGGAACACGUUGGGACACCCAGAAGCUAGGACAGGCACUGAGAAGCAGAGGGGAUGAACUGUGUAGGAGUUGGGCUGAGCCAAACGAUGUCCAGUCACGAGAUCAUUAGGCCCAGCGACUUUUAUGAGGAACUUUAUGCAGCCUCAAGCAGAAUCCAGCCAGGCUUUGUGGGGAGUUGCGCACGAAGCCUUUCUUUGGAGCUCUGAGCUUUGAAGACUGUCCCAAGCAAUGGUCUAACUUGCUGUAACCACCUGGGAAAGAAAACGAGAGCAGGAACCCUGGUAUCCUUUAUAAUCCUGGGCAGUGCUAAGGAGCAAAAGCUGAGCCUGAUCCCUCUGCUGUGCCCGGAGUUCAAAUGUCACUGGAGUCUCUAGGAAGUGGCAUGAGAUCCAAGAGAGAACGGUGUGAUUUGAGGAGGUGAAAUAGAGAAAACUUUUUAAGAUGCAGCCCCCUAAAGGAAAGGGGGUGGAGUGGGGGACUGGUUAAGUGAGCCAGAAGUGUAGUCUUUCCUCUGGAAGCCUGGGCGCCCAGAGUCUCCUCAGGACAGUCUGGACACCUGACAGGCUGGUCUAUUCAGCAGGCGAGGUAGCAGAGCACCCUGCAAAGCUCUGCUGAGAGUGGGAGCGCUUCAGCAGCACCCCCUAAUUCUCUGGAAUAGGCUGACGGAGAUGAGAAGAGGUGGCUCCGUGUUAUUUGGGCUGUAGGAGAGCUGGAAAUGCUAGCUGUUAUGUAGGAUCUGGAGAUCGAUCUUUCAAAGUGGAAAGGGGGAUUCAAAUAAAAUCUGUCCUAAGGGGAAAGGAAGAGGCUGUUCUCAUGGGCAUCACCAAAAUAUUAUGAGAAAAGUUAUGUAACUAACAGAAGAAGGUGAGACUCAGCAUUUGAAUGAUCACCCACCAUAAGCAAGUUCCAGGGACUCUUGAAUGUUUUGCUCAUUGGGUAAGCAGGGCAGAGGCAGGGCAAUCUCUGAAGAGUGAGUGCCCUCCUCAUGACAGCUCAGUUCUAGUAACAGUCUGAGAUCUUCAGGUCUUGCAGACUCCUUGAGACUGUUCUGAUAACUGAGAUGAAAUGUUAACCUAUCUGCCAACCAGGAUCAAUAGAGAGACUGCAGUUCUCUUUGGCUUGGUCUUGGCUUAAGAGGCUGGUAAGGCAGGCACCUCACAUUGCUGGUGCGGUCACUUUAACACGAUAAGGAACCAUUAGAAAAACAGCUCUGCUUAAGCGGCCUCCUGAACUAUAGCGCUGUUUGGGAAUUUUGUCAAAACUGUACUGUACUGUGAGACUUAAAGUUCGGAAUGUGGGACCUACACCCCUGUCAUCAAAGCCACAUUGUGUGCAACACUGUUAUGGACACUCAGAUGUCUUGCCACAAAACGAACAAAAUCAAAACAAAACCUGAGGCUUUGUUUCAAAGCUGUCACAUUAGCUCUCUGCUGCCCUUUAGCACCCUUGAUACUGGUAUUGACUAGCAACCAGACUAACAAAUAUUGGCAUGUAAGCCCCUAAUGCUCAUAGAUGGAUAGUUUUAUGUCAAUUUGACACAAGCUAAAAUUAUCUGAAAGGAGGGAGUCUCAAUUAAGAAAAUGCCUCCAUAAGAUCCAGCUGUAGGGCAUUUUUUUAAUUAGUGAUUGAUUUGGGAGGGCCUGGCUCAUCCUUCACAGGUGAUGCCGACCCUGGGAUGGUGGUCCUGGGUUCUCUAAAAAAGGCUGAGCAAACCAUGGGGGAAGCAAACCAGUAAGCAGCACCCCCCCCCCAUGACCAUUAUUCAUGUUUCCACCCAGUUUGAGUCCCCAUUCUGGCCUCCUUUAUUAAUGGACUGUAAUGCAGAGGCAGAAGUCAAAUAAAGCCUUUCCAAUUUGC